UCCAUACUAGGUUUAGUAACCGCCCUGCUAGAGAUUUACAGUAUAGUCCUAGUAGUAGCGGAUAAACUCAAAUUGGUGCGGAGAGGUCUCGUUUUGGCAACAAAGAGCGAAAGCUACCAAAAACAAAUGAAAACGGAUAUAUAUAAUUACAUUUCUGCUCUCUCUCUCUCGCUUGGAUGUUUGCAUUUUACUUUAAUUAAACGGUGUUUAAUAAUUUAACUGUUUGUAGAGUUUAAUUUUAAGCCUGGACUAUGGAGUACUGGAGGCAAUGCAGUUUAUGGCUGAUCAAUUGUAAAGUUUUACCCCGGAAUCACCGGGUCACGGCGGAAUCGGCGCAUGUCUUUGACUUGGCGCAAACGCUUCGGGAUGGAGUCCUUUUGUGCCAGCUGCUGAAUAAUCUCAGACCCGGCAGCAUUAACCUGAGAGAGAUCAAUCUCAGACCACAAAUGUCACAGUUCCUCUGCACUAAGAACAUUCGGACAUUCCUGUCUACUUGUUGUGAUUCAUUUGGGAUGAAGAAGAGUGAAUUGUUUGAUGCCUUUGAUCUUUUUGAUGUCCGUGAUUUUGGAAAGGUCAUUGACACCUUAUCCAAACUCUCGAAUACCCCUUUCGCACAGCGGGCAGGGAUUAGGGCGUUUCCCACAGAGGAAAGUAGCGAAAAUGAGGAGAUAUAUAUCCAUUUGGCAGAUCUCAUUGAUGAAGAGCUGGUGGAGGAUAUUUAUGACACCGUGUAUGGAGAUGUGGAAGGAGGGGAGGUCUAUGAAGAUCUGAUGAGGACAGAUGCUGCAUCUCAGUCGAAGCAGGCCGAGGUGGACAUCAGAAGCUGCUGUCUCUCAGAGAUCAAACAGACAGAAGCCAAAUACACAGAGACCCUGGAGACCAUCGAGAAGUACUUUAUGAUUCCACUGAUGAAAUUUAUCCCAGCAACAGAAAUGGAUAAAGUUUUCAUCAACAUACCAGACCUGGUUAAAGUUCACAAAAGCCUAAUGGCUGAAAUUCAAGACUCGAUUGAAGAGAAGAAUGCAGAAAACCUCUACCAGAUCUUUAUUGUUUAUAAAGACAGGCUUCUUCUGUAUGGAAAAUACUGCAGUCAUGUAGAAACAGCCAUUUCACAGUUGGACUUCAUCAGUAAGGAGAAAGAAGGUGUUCGGCUGAAAUUAGAGGAAUGUUCAAAGAGAGCUAACAAUGGGAAAUUCGCUUUAAGAGACUUGUUAGUGGUCCCUAUGCAGCGAGUGCUGAAAUAUCCACUACUACUGCAGGAAUUGGUCAAAUAUACCAAUGACGCCACUGAAAAAGACAACCUACGUUUAGCCCUUGAUGGCAUGAGAGACUUAGCCCAGUAUGUAAAUGAAGUGAAAAGAGAUGUUGAGACUCUAAAAGAGAUUGAUCAGUAUCAAAGAUCAAUUGAGAAUUUGAAUGAGUCUUUGCUUUCUUUUGGAAGACCAAAAGGUGAUGGUGAAGUCCGUUUUGUGUCAAAUGUGGAUAAGCGGAGACAAGACAGGCAUAUUUUUUUGUUCGAUGUUGCUGUUAUUGUCUGCAAGCGGCGUGGGGACAUUUAUGAGAUGAAAGAAGUGAUCAACCUCGACCAUUUCAAGAUCACCAACAACCCCAAAACUGAUAAAGAAUGCAAAAAGUGGUGCUAUGGGUUCUACCUCACCCACCAGCAGGGGCAGUCCGGCUUUGAGUUCCUGUUUAAAACCAGAGAACUGAAGAAGAAAUGGAUGGAUCAGUUUGAGAUGGCCAUGUGA